AUGGAUUCCGAGGAGGAAUACAUGUCGGCUCUGUCGAGCGACGAUGAGAUAAUGCAGGACGAGAGCGGCGAUGAGAUAUCCGCAGGCGAAGGUUCGUUUUCCAAUAUACUCCGGGAUCCCCCAUAUUCCACUACCUUGGUUACUAAUGAUAUUGACAUCACAGACUUUGAUGACGAAGAGUUCGACGAGCCCGAUCCUGACUUUGGUCUGAUCAAAGAUGCAGAGAAGAAAAAGAAAUCCGCACAUGUGGUAUCAUACAAAGUCUAUGAACCGAGCGAUAUUCAACGCCAACAAGAUGACAUGAUCAGCGAAGUCAAUAUGAUUUUAGACAUGCAGAAAGAGGAUGCGGCUAUCUUGCUUCGCCAUUUCCGGUGGAACAAGGAGAGGUUACUUGAGGAUUACAUGGACAGGCCAGAAAAAGUGCUUGAAGCUGCUGGAUUAAGCAGCAAUACAUCCAGCCCUCCAAAGCUGGAGGUUAUCCCUGGCUUUGCAUGUGACAUAUGCUGUGAGGAUGACGAGGGCCUCGAAUCAUUUGCCAUGAAAUGUGGUCAUCGCUACUGUGUUGAUUGCUACCGCCAUUACUUGACACAAAAGAUCCGUGAAGAGGGCGAGGCUGCUAGGAUCCAAUGCCCCUCUGACGGAUGCGGUCGCAUCCUUGACUCAGCAUCACUCGAUGUCCUAGUCACCCCAGCGCUCGCAGAUCGAUAUCAAGAAUUACUCAACAGAACGUACGUCGAAGACAAGGACAAUUUUAAGUGGUGUCCUGCCCCAGACUGCCCUAACGCCCUCGAGUGCGGCGUCAAAAAGAAGGACCUGGGCAAGAUCGUCCCUACUGUCGAGUGUCGAUGCGGGUAUAGAUUCUGCUUUGGUUGUCCGAACCCUGACCACCAACCAGCUCCUUGCGAGCUCGUUAAGAAAUGGCUCAAGAAGUGCGCCGACGACUCAGAAACAGCCAACUGGAUCUCGGCCAACACUAAAGAAUGCCCAAAGUGUAACUCGACGAUCGAAAAGAACGGAGGCUGCAACCACAUGACUUGUCGAAAGUGCAAGUAUGAGUUUUGCUGGAUGUGCAUGGGACUUUGGUCCGAGCACGGCACCAGCUGGUAUAACUGCAAUAGAUAUGAGGAAAAGAGCGGAUCUGAAGCUCGUGAUGCACAAGCUAAAUCCCGGACAUCCCUCGAACGAUAUUUGCACUACUACAACCGAUAUGCUAACCACGAACAAUCGGCCAAGCUCGAUAAAGACAUUGCUCAAAAGACCGAAAAGAAGAUGGUUCAGCUUCAGACAGCCUCGGGAAUGUCCUGGAUUGAGGUUCAGUACCUGAAUUCCGCGUCCCAGGCUCUCCAAACAUGUCGACAAACGCUUAAAUGGACAUAUGCUUUUGCCUUUUAUCUCGCCAGGAACAACCUGACAGAGAUUUUCGAGGAUAACCAGAAGGACCUCGAGAUGGCCGUGGAGAACCUGUCUGAAAUGUUUGAGAAACCCACUGCAGAAUUGUCUGACCCCAAACUCAAAGUCGAUAUCAUGGACAAAACCUCAUACUGCAACAAGCGUCGAGUCAUUCUGCUUGAGGAUACAGCCGAAAACCUUGCAAUUGGUAUUGCCACCCCGACCCCUUCCAGUAUCCCGUUCAUUUGA